UAAUUGUUCUGAUUCCUUGAGUACCGUUAAACGAAAUCUUUGGAAGAAUCGAGCGUGUUCCGAACAGUUAUAAUCCGAAAGAUGUUGUGCAUAGUCCCUCUAAUGAUUUUCCUCUUUGGAAAUUCUGUCUUCUGUGAAACCGGCCUAUCGGAUAGUAUGAAUGUCAAGGAAAUCCAAAAUUCAAAUAUCAGAGGAAGAUUUUUCCCGCUAUUCAGUGUUGUCCGUUUUGCAAAUUCACAAUGCCUGGCUAGCAACAACUUAAAUGGCACUUGUUUUACUAGAAGAGAAUGCCGUGAUUAUGGUGGAACAGCAUCUGGCACUUGUGCAAGCGGACAUGGUGUCUGUUGUGUUUUUCAAAAAUCAUGCGGAUCUACCACAAACGUAAAUAAUACAUAUUUUACAAAUCCAGAAUAUCCGACAACUUAUGAUGGAAGAGGAAGAUGUGUAAUAACAGUGAAUCGUUGUAAUUCGAACAUAUGUCAGUUACGUUUGGACUUUUUGGAAUUUAGUCUUGCCUCGCCAAAUGCCAGUGGAAUUUGUGACUAUGAUCUUUUUCUAGCUUCUGGAUCGUCAACAUCAGUGCCUCGAAUUUGUGGAGAAAACGCAAACCAACAUGUUUACAUGGAUUUUAAUAAUGGAUCACCAAUUAUGUUAUCGAUCGACACUAACUCUGAAUAUUCUACAGAACGUCGUUGGAACAUUAGAAUUCAACAAAUACCCUGCGACGCCACUUACAGAGCUCCGAACGGAUGUUUACAAUAUUACACUAGCGUUUCAGAUACUGUAACAAGUUUUAAUUAUGGCGCAACGCAAAAUCCAAGAGCACCAGCAUAUGGUACUCGACAAAUGGCAAACACAAAUUAUGGUGUAUGCGUAAGAAUGGCUCAAGGGUAUUGUGCCAUUGAAUGGUCACAAACAACUCCGAAUUCGUUUACAGUGUCCGGUGAUACAGGUUCUUUUGAUUCAACUAUAAUAGGUACCGAGUAUGCAGCAGAAGCAGGAACAAAUUGUACUAAAGAUUUUGUUAUCGUUCCACAUCCAUUUGUAAGUGGCGUUCCAGUUGGCGUAGAACGGUUCUGUGGUAAUGGUUUUGUAACAAAAACAUCAUAUUCGAAACCGUUUGUGUUGUAUGUUGUCACAAAUGGAGAUGAAGUGGGGGAAAUUGAAAAUAAAGGAUUUUCAUUGACUUAUCGUCAAGUACCUUGUGCAGUUUAAAUUAAGAAAAUAUUAUAGAUCUGAUAUAUAGAUCUGUAUAACGAUUAUAUGUAAUAAUGAUAGGACAAAUAAAACUAUGUAAAUAUUUUAUAAAAAAAAAAGUAAAGGAGUUCCUACCGAUCAAGUAUCUGCGCUUGAAUAGUUUUCUAUUAUUCAUUUUGAAUAAUUUAGUCUGAAAUGAAGUAGAAUUGAGACUGUAUUCAAGGUACAAUGAAUACAGUUACUCUCAACUUUCAUUGAUGGAUCCUAUGCAUACAUAUAACUGGGCUCGAAAGGU